GAGAGCGAGUAAUCUGGCAAACUGACCACAUUAAACUCGCGAGUCACGGACGGCGCUCCGGAGGGAGGAAAAAAAGAAAAGAAAAGAAAAGGUUUCCGGUUCAAUUCGUAAUCGAGCACGUAGCGAAUGUAUAAAAAUCCGUCGGAAGGCGAUCUCGGUUACCGAUGCCCGCUCAACGGUAGUUGAUAAUGCUGAAGAUGAGGCUGCCAGCGGCGGAGGGAGACAACGACGCGGCCGAAGGAGACCGACGGGAAAAAAACAACGGCGGCGAGCGCGGCUUCGUGCCUUUCAACCCCGCGCUGGAUGACGAGGUGGGCCGCGGACCGACGCACGCUCCCCGGCGGCAGCUCGACAAGGAGGCGGUGUUCGAGUGGUUCGGGCUGCGGCUCAGCCCCGCCAAGCGCGUGGAGUUCAUGUGCGGUUUGCUCCACAUGUGCCAGCCGCUCGAGCUGCGCUUCCUCGGCUCGUGCCUCGAGGACCUCGCGCGGAAAGACUUCCACAUCCUGCGCGACGUCGAGGCUCGCGCCAACAGCGCCGCCGACCUCCGACUCCUCGCCGACGUCGCUGACCCGGUCGUGCUCUCGCGCCUGCUCGUCUGCCUCUCCCUGCUCGGAUCGAAGAACCGGGAGUGCGCGAGCAUCCUUUACAGCACGCUCAGCCGGAUCGACGUGCUGCACCCGAGGAACUGCUGCGGGUUAAAUUUACCGGAACCGGGACCGGCUCCGCUGGAGCAGCUGGCGUUGCUGUUCGCCAUGGCCUCGCUGCACCCGGCGUUCACCUUCCACCAGAGGGAGGUCGUGCGGGAGCAGCUGGAGCGCGUGGAAGCCUUAUUAGAGGAGAGGAGCCUGCGGCACUGCGCAUGCGCAGCUCAAACACUGCAGAGCCAGUUUUCCCGGCCGGACGAGCUCUGUUCACACCCUGACGGGAGCAGAAGAUGGCCGUCAUGUCCGAUCCAGCACCUCAGCAGCAUACCUCCAAGCCAAGUGGUGCACAUUGAGAAGAUAAAGCUGAAGGAGAUCUCCCUGGCAGGAGACAGCAGAGAGUACAGUUUCGAGGUUAAAUGGUCCGACUCGUCGUCUACGGCUGUGACCAAAAGCCAUCGUCAGCUGCAGGACUUUCUUUUGAAGCUGUGUAAGGAACAGAGUGCAGGAGGUUUCGAGCAGGAUGUUAUCGGAUUACUGAGUCGGGCCGAGGGCGAGCACAGAGAGCUGGAGAGAAUGCUCAGGACGAGGUUUGCGUCCGUGCCACGGGAGUUCCUACAGAUGUGCCAGGCCUCAGGGUUUUUCCUGCCCGAAGCGUCUUCCCUACGCUGCAGUCACAGUAACAGUGCACCUGGAGCCAGAACCCGACAGCCAGCACCACGCUUCUCCGAGGACUGUUCAGAGACUUCCAGCCUCGAUGAGGACCUUGAUGCGUAUGGGGUCUCGCGCUCGAGAACACACGGCGCUGGAAACCCGAGCCAUGGUAAGCAACACAUAGACAGUGCUCAGUGGGAGUGCAGCAGGAGGAGUAUACACGGCGAGCCCUACGGGGAGGUGACGGGGAGGCGGCGCAGCUCCCAGCCAUGUGGGACAGAACCGGAGCAGGAGUGUGAGGAGAGGAAGAUCAAAGCAAGAUCGGCUGGCAAAAGGGACAGAGGCAGGAGAGGCCCAGUGGGGAAAGGCUCUGUAGCCAAUGGGAUUCAGAGAGUUCCAGCAGUCCAGAUGAUGAAUCAGGCUGUGUGUAAGGCUUCAGGCAGGGACACGUAUGGAGACACGUCUUCAGAGAGCUCCAACUCGGUGCCGUCGAGCCCCGUCCACCAUCAGCGCAGCCUGGAAACACAAGAUACAGAGAGUCAGUCGGAUAACUCCGUCCUGGAGCCAGCCGACGUGCCCCGCCUCCCCCAUGGGCAGGGCAUGGGCAGGAAGGCGGUUGCCAUGGUGAACCCACUGGUGGCGGAACCGGAGCGUGCAGGUGCAGACGUCCCGACGCACCCCUCAGCCGUGGUGGAGUUGGCGCUGACCUCGUGCUUCCCCUACGACCUGCAGUACAGCACCGCGCACAGAGAUGCAGGCAAACCCGGAGAGAGCAAACUCACCAUCACAAUCCCUCUGGGCAAACAGGAUACGAGGCCCAGCCUGGCCGUCCCUGUAGACUCCGCCCAGUGCCCACUGCCACCUGUGUUCCCUGAGCCAGCUCAGCCUCAGGCUCCGCCCAGCACCAUUGCUGCACCGGGGAAACCGUGUGCCAAGGCCAGUGCUCAGCCACAGAGCUCACACACCCCCUCCGGUUUCGCUAGCACCAUGCCCGCUCAGAUACCCAGCUCUGCACCUCUACCGCCCCCUGUUAGCAUGCCUGCCCCAAACGAGAACGCAGCAUACAUCAAUAGCACUGCGCAGUCACAACCCGCAGGCUGCAACGCCUGCGGCUGUCGUGGUACCUGCGGAGCCCACCAGUCUCCCGCCAGCUUCUUCCUGCCGGCGCAUCCCGCUCGCCAGAUGUUCGGCCCACCUGCGCCGUUCUUCCAGCUGGCACCGUCGCUGUGCAGCACCACCUUCCCUACGCAGGGUCAUCAGGGGAACGGGACGCCACUGCCCUUCUACGCCCACACGUCUCCGAGCGCCGCCUUCGCCAGCAGCGCGAUCCUGCAUGCCCACUCGGACCAUCUGAUGCCCACACAGCCCAGCUAUGCCACCCUGCCCCAGGUCACACCGUUCGGACGCUUCUACCCGCCUGUCUUCCCUCCUGUAGGCGCCAUGCCCGGUGCUGCAGGAAUAAAGAAGAGCGGCACCGUGUCCUGCUAUAACUGCGGCAUGAGCGGUCACUACGCGCAGGACUGCAAGCAGCCGUCCAUGGACGCCGGGCAGCCAGGUGGCUUCCGGCUUAAGUAUGUCGCCCCACAUUCGUCUGAGACACUAGACAAAGCUGAUUGACAGCGAGCCGAGGACCAAGGAGACGCUCUGUCUCGGUUUCUAUAUUAAACACACAAGAGCUCGUGUGUUAAAUCGAUGGGAUGCGUGCGUGCGUGCGUGUGUUUGUAUUAGCCACCUUUAUAAGCUUAAGUCCUGAUUUUUGUGAGACUGUUGGGACGAACCUGCUCCAAAACACGACUCCACCUCCAUCCAUGACCCUUUAGGUCCCCAGUGUAGAUCAAGUCAUGAUGGACAUCAAAGGCGACGGUUGGGUUCAGGACGUUUGAAACAGGUUGAGAUUUUGAGCAAUGCUUCCAUGUUGUCAUUUAGCCACGAUGCGUUCAUGUGGACACUGAAGUCCUCACGUUUGAGCUGAAAAACGAGAGAGAGGAGAGUCGCCGCUUCAGCUUCAACUUGAGCCUCUGUUUGAAAUAGAUGUUUUAUUAUCGAGGCCCAAGCCAGGCUUUGAGAAUCUUUUAUACUUGCAGCUAAAGAGAUAAGAAGUUUGUUUAGUUCCUGUUUAUUUGGGAAGAAUUUAUUUGAUUUUUUUUAUUAUUAUUAUUAUUAUUAUUUUAUGGUUCUUUAAAGGAAAAGAUUUUUGUUAAGAAUACAUACUCUUCAAUGUGAGUGUUCUGAAUGUAAAACGCGUAACUAAGGUCAGACGUCGUACUGUGAAAACGUUCUCACGCCGUCCGUUCCAACCGUUCUGACAUUAUGCACUAAUAGUAUUGUUUUCCAGAAGCCUGUGUGUGUGUGUGUGUGUGUGUGUGUGUGGAUGUAUGUAUGUGUGUGUGCGUGCACGCCAGGUAUCAAAGUGCACUGAUAUUUACAGCAUAAGAGUCGCUGCCGUUAAUUCAGAUCCACGGUCGUCCAACAGGGGGCGCCUCUGUGACCGAUGCAUGACGCAUGCAUUUUUAUGCUGAACUUCACACAGACUUUUUAUCAGCAGCAGCAGCACAAUGCGAGUGCAUGUCCCGCAGCGAGUGAGAUGGUCCUUGCUGGAGAAACAAAAGUGCAGGAGGAGGAGGACGAGUCUGGUCUGAUCCGAUCCGAUCCAAUCCAAUCUAAUAUGACCUACAGUGAACCAGAACCACAUUGAGUUGUCUCCUGGAUAGGAGUAGGAGGAUCGGAUCAGAUCAGAUCAGAUGAGAUCCGACUCCACCUCCUGGACUUUCAGUUCAAAUCUGUGCAGAUAGGAGUUUGGAUCCGCUCCAGCUCCGCCCCACCUUGACUUUUUGUUCUGCCGCGAGGGGUACUUACCCGCAGCCGGACCACGCCACCGCGCGCUCUUGCACUCACAUUCUGAUUUCAAAACAAGGUCUUUUGUGUGCGUCGCCUCUUUCAAGCCUUAUGAAUAGAAACAUGACAAAGACUCUCUUGAGGACGUUGUGGCUACAGAGAGCGAGGAAAGGAGACCAUGUCUCACAGUGAAGAUUUAUUUUUGUCUUUUUGAGGAUGUCAAAACGAUCCUGCCUGCUUAUUAUUAAAACCUUAUUUUCUAAUUAUUAGGUGGCAUAUAUAUAUAUUUAUAUAUAUUUGUGCUGAUUGCCACAAGAUGUUUUGAUUUAAUUUCAAAAGUCUUAGUUUGUGCAAGUCGUGCAACUAUUCAGUCUCGAAGUUGAUCGUUUAAAACAUAUCUUAAAUUGCCAAAGCCACAGAAAUAAAUUUUUUUUUUUCUAUGGAGAGAUUUGGCUUGUUUUUGUACUGAUUUAAGAGUCAGGAUGUCCUUUUGAUGUUCAGUAGAACCAGACCGAGAACCUGAGGCCUUUAAAUUGUUGCAGAUUGGCAGACGUUUGGCCGGUUGGUUUCAUUUUUUUAUGCCAGGCAUUGCCUUUCUAAACCUUUAUUAUAAUUAUUAUUGUUAAUUAUUAUGUUUGCAUGUUUUGAGUCUGGAGGAUGAACCCAGGACCCUGCCAACUGUAUUAGUUAAAUCUUUUAGAGGUGUAAAAGGUUUACGAUGCUGUACUGUAUAUAAAAAAAGAAAAGAGAAAAAAAAAGUAUGUUUUUAUUUAGGCCUCGCAGAUUGUUUAUUGUAUUUCGUAUGUAAAUGUUGAUUUAACAUGGAGGUUACAAUUUAUCUCUGAUCGUAUUUGCAUUUUAAGCAAAUGGAGCAUUUUCUCUGUUGAAU